AUGGCGGAGGACGCGUUCGACCUCCCCAGCGCCGGCGAGGAGGAGGAGGAGGAGGUGAUGGGAGGCCUGGAGGAGGACGAGGCCAUGAAGGACCUCGACGCCGGGGUGGACGCCGAUGAGGACUAUUUCCCGCUGACGAUGAAGGCUGGGGAGGAGAAGGAGAUCGGGAAGGAGGGGCUCAAGAAGAAGCUCGUCAAGGAGGGCGAGGGUGGGAUCGCCUUGAGACAGGCGACGAGGUCGAAGGUACUGCAUUACACUGGCACUCUUUUGGACGGAACAAAGUUCGAUUCGAGCCGUGACCGUGGAACCCCGUUCAAAUUCAAACUUGGACAAGGGCAAGUGAUUAAGGGAUGGGACCUGGGCAUCAAGACCAUGAAGAAGGGUGAGAACGCAAUCUUUACUAUUCCGCCGGGGCUCGCCUACGGCGAGACGGGUUCGCCGCCCACCAUCCCGCCCAAUGCCACACUCCAGUUUGACGUUGAGCUCCUGUCAUGGGCCAGCGUCAAGGAUAUAUCAAGGACGGUGGAAUCUUUAAGAAGAUCCUCGUUGAAGGCGAGAAGUGGGAGAACCCCAAGGACCUUGACGAAGUUUUUGUUUGAGAUGUGGGUUUUGACACUUCUUGCUCAAUUGAUUCCUGCAGUCAAGUACGAGGCAAGACUCGAGGAUGGAACUGUUGUGUCCAAGUCUGAUGGUGUUGAGUUUGCCGUCAAAGAUGGUUACUUCUGCCUGGCGCUUUCCAAGGCUGUGAAGACCAUGAAGAAGGGCGAAAAGGUUCUCCUCACUGUCAAGCCACAAUAUGGCUUCGGGGAACAAGGAAAACCAGCUUCUGGAGAUGAAGGAGCAGUGCCCCCCAAUGCGAUAAUGCAUAUAGACCUUGAGCUGGUCUCUUGGAAGACUGUGACGCUUAUUGGAGACCGCAAGAGGAUCUUGAAGAAGGUUCUUAAGGAAGGCGAAGGUUACGAGCGCCCUAAUGAUGGAGCAGUAGUGAGAGUGAGACUUAUUGGCAAAUUGGAGGAUGGUACUGUCUUUGUAAAGAAAGGGCAUGAUGGUGAAGAGCCUUUUGAGUUCAAGACCGAUGAGGAGCAGGUUAUUGAAGGGCUUGACAUAACGGUGGUUAAUAUGAAGAAAGGAGAGGUUGCGUUGGUCAGAGUACCACCUGAACAUGCAUUUGGAUCUGUUGAAACAAAGCUAGAUCUUGCUAUUGUUCCACCUAAUUCUACUGUCUUUUAUGAAGUGGAGCUUGUUUCCUUUGAGAAGGAGAAAGAAUCUUGGGACUUGAAGACCAAUACUGAGAAGAUUGAAGCAGCUGCAAAGAAGAAAGAUGAAGGGAAUGUGUGGUUUAAGAUGGGCAAGUACGCCAAGGCUUCUAAGAGAUACGAGAAGGCUGCAAAGUACAUUGAGUAUGACAACUCUUUCAGUGAGGAUGAGAAGAAGCAAUCUAAAGCUCUGAAAGUCAGUUGCAAGCUCAACAACGCAGCCUGCAAGCUGAAACUGAAAGAAUACAGAGAAGCAGAGAAACUCUGCACAAAGGUUCUGGAACUCGAGAGCACAAAUGUUAAGGCCUUGUACAGAAGGGCGCAAGCAUACAUCGAGCUUGUUGACCUAGAGCUGGCAGAGUUGGAUGUGAAGAAAGCUCUUGAAAUCGAUCCUGACAACAGGGAUGUUAAGCUGGUGUACAAGACCCUGAAGGAGAGAAUGAGAGAGUACAACAGACGGGACGCCAAGUUCUACGGCAGCAUGUUUGCGAAAUGGAGGAAGCUUGAACAGCUGCAGAAGGUGCCCGGGAAGCAGGAGCCGCAACCGAUGGCCAUCGACAGUGCUGCAUAA